GGCGCUCGCCUGCUCGGGUCUGGCGGCGGCGGCGCGGCUGGACCGGGUCGGGCGCGUGCGGCGGGGCCUCCGGGCGGCAUGGAGGGGCCGGGGGCUGCUGCGCCGGGGAACGUCUCCCUGCACAACUUCAGCGCGAGGCUGUGGGAGCAGCCCGUCCACUUCCACGUCAUGCGGCUGACGGACUCGCUCUUCCUGUGGGUGGGGGCCACGCCGCACCUGCGCAACCUCUCCGUGGCCAUGUGCACCCGCUAUGACCCCAUCCCCGUGUCCACUGCCCUCCUUGGGGACCUGUCCGACACGACGUCCACUGGCCUCGCCCAGCGCUUAGCCAGGAAGACCAGCAAACAGGUGUUUGUCAGCUAUAACCUUCCAAACACCGACAGCAGCUUCACGUUGCUGGUAGAAAACAGGAUCAAGGAGGAAAUGGAGGCCUUUCCCGAGAAGUUCUAGCCGAGGCGGCAGCAAGGAUGCAGGCGCGCGCGCCCGGACGGACGUCUGAAUAAACGUGUGGGGUCUUGCCAGCGGCAGCAGGGUCACGCGUGAC